AUGGUGCAAUCUGUAACUGGAGGAAGGAGAGGACGUGGAGGACGUGUUACUGCAGUAUCAAGUCCUAUUGGUAGAGGCCUAGAAGCAGUACCUCCGAGAUGGAACCUAUGUGACGAGGUUAACACAAGAGUUGAUGGUUCAACUCAAGCAGCACCACAUGUGGGCGUGGAGGAGUCGAGGGUUCCACCCACCCAUAAACGUGGUCGUGGGCUGGCAAAGGGCACAAAAUUUGACCGCCUCCGAAGGUUGGGUAAGAUUCCAUUGGAUAUCAAGGAUGACCAUAUAGGUCCAUCAUGUGAAAAUGCCAUGAUCUUUACUGGUCGAGUGUCAUGGAUCAUUAAAGUACAAGCAGAUAUGACGCAUGCAAGUUGGAGUGUUGUUUCCCCGAAAGAGAAAGAUGAGCUCAUCGAUCAUGUGAAAGCCGACUUUGUUCUGGAUUGGACAAGGCUAAAUCAUCGUGAAACUGUGAUGAUGGCACUGGCUGAUAAGUAUAAUGCAUUUCACUAUGAACUGCACAAGGAAUACUUAAAAUAUAGCACACAUGAAGAGGCACUGUCUGGUGGCACAUCCUUGGUUGAGAAACCAAUAUGGGAAUGCCUAUGCCAACGAUGGGCCAGCAACACCUUCAAGGAUAUAUCUCAAAGAAACAAGUGUAAUAGGCAAAAACAAAGGGUUAAACAUACAGGUGGCCGAAAGUCGUUUGUUAGGAUUUUGGAAGAAAAGCGUGAGACGACACCGAAUUUGGUUGCUUUCUAUAAAGAAGUGUAUUGGUCAAGGAAGAAGGGUAAAUUUAUCAAUGCAACAAGUAAACACAACUAUAAUCUGAUGGUUGAGAAGUUGAAUGAAAAGGAACCAGAUGAGGACGAGGAUGAUGCUGAUGCUGCUGAAGAGGUUUUCAAGAAGGUUUUAGGGCAAAAAUCUGGCAAUGCGCAAGAUAUAUCCUCAUAUGUACUUGCUCCUGAUAACUUAAGUUCUAUGAUGUAA